AAAAAGUGUUACAUGUGGUAAAUAAUAUGGAUGAGACUCCUAAGAGAAGUUUGGUCUGCAGUCUAUGCAACAAAUCUAGGGCCCAGCCCUGUGAAGUGCAGAGUGCUCUAAACUCCCAUCAACUUCACUGUUGAGGAGGUGCAACAUCUCAAAGAAGGAGCAGCUCACCACCUUGUACUAUUGAACCAUCAAAUUGCUCAUAUGGACUCUGCUUCUGCUGGUGUCAUAACCAUUCAGCAGUUGUACCUUACUGCUAAAACUGUGCUCCUUCUGAGCCAUCAGAUGAAAGAUGCUGACAAGGAGGUCAGAUGCGUCAUUUUUUCAUAUAGGGCCAUGACUGUUUUCUGAAAAUUUGCAAAAAUGCUUAAAGCAUUUUACUGACAUUUUGCUGAAAUUUUAUUGUAAGAAUUAUCUUCAGGAAGGAUUUCCAAGAGACCCAGCCUUGGUCCCAUGACCCCUGAAAAGACAGAGCUGUGAGCACCCACUCCAAGCUCUACUGACAACAGAAGAGCUCAUGUACAUCUGACUAAAGGUCAUUACAAGAUUGGGGUCUCAGUUAUAUCAGAUAGUAGAAGAGGUGGAGGGACACUGAGACAGUCCAGCUAAACCUGAGAAAGAGGUGGCCAUCAGGACUUUGGCCAGUUAGCCGUGUUGAAGGCAGCAUGAAUCCUGUGCACAGUACCUUGUUGUCUUCAGUGCUUCUUUUCACCCUCAGAAUUCAGGAGCUGGUAGAGGCAUGCAGCUGUGCCCCUGCACAUCCACAGCAGCUAAUCUGUGAUUCUGCUUUAGUGAUUCGUGCAAAAAUAUCCAGUGAAAAGGUGGUUCCUGCCAGUGAUGACCCUCUUGACACUCACAAAAUGAUCCGAUAUGAAAUCAAACAAAUAAAGAUGUUUAAGGGGUUUGAAAAACUGAACGAUGUUCAAUAUGUCUAUACUCCUUUUGAUUCAUCUCUCUGUGGAGUGAAACUAGAAGCUAACAACAAGAAGCAGUAUCUCCUCACAGGCCAAAUAUUAAAUGAUGGUAAAGUUCUCAUCCAUUUAUGCAAUUACAUUGAACCAUGGGAUGAUCUAUCCUUGUCUCAAAAGAAGAGUCUUAACCAGAGGUACCAAAUGGGCUGUGGCUGCAAAAUUACUACCUGCUACAUGGUGCCCUGCUCAAUCACUACACCAAAUGAGUGUCUCUGGACAGACUGGCUGAUAGAAAGGAAGCUGUAUGGGCACCAGGCCAAGCAUUAUGCCUGUAUCAAGCGAAGCGAUGGCACUUGCAGCUGGUACCGAGGUGGCCCCCCGCCAGAGAAAGUGUUUACUGACAUCAGUGAACCUUAACAUGAUCACUUCCUAAAAAGCCUGGGAGGCUAAUUCCAUCAAACCUUGCACGCUCACAGCUUUGAACCGCCAACAUCUUAUGUAUCUGUUGCUUAGAAACAAAAACAAAUUGUGCUGUACAAGUAAAGUACAGAGUUUGUGGAAUUGGCACCCAGGCAUGAAGAAGAACAAAUCUCUUGGAGGUAGCUUAUAAAGUUCUGCUUUGUAUACAGGGGCUUUAGUUGAGAAUGGUCCUCUGUGUUCUCAGAGGCACAACAACUUUCCUUUCUACCAGUAUGAAUGUAGAAGAACAAAAGAAUGAUCAGAUUUUUGCCCCCUACUCCAGUUACCUAGCAGAUUAAGAAAACCCUGUGUUUCAGUCCAAAACAGUCUUUCUGAUAUGUGAAGAAUGUUUUAUACAACUAUUUUUUUUCUGUAUGGAAGCCUUCUGAUAAAAAAAUAAUUAUU